AUGGGGUUAGGUAGAAUCUUUCAUUAUUCUGUUGAUUUAGUUUUAGUAUCAGUGAUCUUGGCGGGUAUUCAUAGAAACACUGGCUUAGUGUUUGAUACCUCCAAUUUAUCAUCCAUCGACUUCCGUAGAUGGUUUGGCAAUUACUUAAGUUUCGGCGAACUGUGCUACGAUAAGUUAGUGUCAUUAUUGAAGUAUUCUGGGUAUUUUAAACAAAGAAAUAUGAUAGUUGAUUAUUUGACCAGAGAAGGAACUAAGGUUUUAGAUGAGAAGAAGGCUUGA